AUGGUUGGACUUGGACCACGCCGCCGUCCUUCCCGUAAGGGUUCCAUGGCCGAUGUGCCGAAGAAUCUUUUGGAUCAAAUCAAGGAAUUCGAGGACAUAUUCACCGUCGACCGACAGAAACUCAAGGAGAUUGUCGCGCACUUCGUCAAGGAGCUGGAGAAGGGUCUGACCGUCAAGGGAGGAAACAUUCCUAUGAACGUGACCUGGGUGUUCGGCUUCCCAACCGGCGACGAGCAAGGAAGGUACCUUGCUCUGGACAUGGGCGGCACCAACCUGCGUGUUUGCGAAAUCGAAUUGACCGAGGAACGCGGAGAGUUUGAUAUUGCGCAGUCGAAGUACCGAAUUCCCGAAGAAUUGAAGACGGGCACGGCCGAGGAGCUCUGGGAGUAUAUUGCCGACUGCUUGCAGCAGUUCAUUGAAUAUCACCACGAAAACGAGGAGCUUGCUUCUCUGCCAUUGGGCUUUACCUUCUCGUAUCCUGCGACACAAGAAUACAUCGACCAUGGUAUUCUUCAACGCUGGACAAAGGGUUUUGAUAUUGACGGUGUGGAGGGCCAUGACGUCGUUCCGCCUUUUGAGGAAAUCUUGAAGAAGAGGGGCCUUCCAAUUAAAACCACUGCUUUGAUCAAUGACACAACCGGCACGCUCAUUGCGUCUUCAUACACUGAUUCCGAAAUGAAAAUCGGAUGCAUCUUCGGCACGGGCGUCAAUGCAGCAUAUAUGGAAGAUGCCGGAUCCGUCCCCAAGCUUGCUCACCUAAACCUGCCUCCGGAUACCCCUAUUGCCAUCAACUGUGAAUACGGAGCCUUUGACAACGAACACAUUGUUCUUCCUCUGACACAGUACGAUAUCAUCAUUGACAGGGACUCUCCUCGCCCAGGCCAACAGGCUUUUGAAAAGAUGACUGCCGGUCUGUACCUCGGCGAAAUCUUCCGUCUUGCUCUUCUAGAUGUCAUUGACAACAAGGGCGGUCUCAUUUUCGAGGGCCAGGAUGCCUCCAAACUACGAAAGCCCUACUCACUCGACGCUUCUUUCCUAUCCGCCAUUGAAGAAGACCCCUUUGAGAACUUGCAGGAGACCGACGAACUUCUAGAACGCGUCCUUGGCCUCAAAGCCGUCAAGCCCGAACUCGAACUGUGCCGCCGACUGGCCGAGCUUAUUGGCACUCGUGCUGCGCGCUUGUCUGCCUGCGGUGUAGCCGCUAUCUGCACCAAGAAGAACAUUGAGCGCUGCCAUGUGGGUGCAGAUGGUUCCGUAUUCACCAAAUACCCGCACUUCAAGGCCCGUGGCGCUCGUGCACUGCGCGAGAUUCUCGACUGGCCGGAUAACGAGAAGGACAAGAUUGUCAUCCUCCCCGCUGAGGAUGGAUCGGGCGUGGGCGCAGCGUUGAUUGCUGCUUUGACGCUCAAGCGUUUCAAGGCAGGUAAUCUUGUUGGAAUUCGGGACAAGGAUUCUUUCAAGUCUCUAGUCUAG